AUGAUAAUGCGAGUAGCAGUCAUCGGUGGCGGUCCGGGAGGAUUGGCAACCCUCAAGACCCUGCUUGAAGCUUCAACAUCGGAACAUCAGAUUGAAGCUUGUCUUUUCGAGGCCGAGGCGGAUAUUGGAGGCACUUUCAAUUAUCGAGCCUAUGAGAAUGCAGAACUGGUCAGCAGCAAACAGUUGACCACCUUCUCGGAUCACCGGCUGCCACUCAACAGCCCGGACCAUGUAUCACUUCCAGGAUACGUGGAUUAUCUUCGCUCUUAUGUUACAAGAUUUAACCUGGGUGCACACAUGAAGCUCAACUGCCCCGUCAUUUCUGUGGAGCGAUUACCACAUGACUCCGAGUGGAAACAUCGGGUCAAGUAUCUCGAUAGGACCGAUGCAGACAACACGACGGAAGGAUACUAUGAAUGUACCCACAUCGCAGUCUGCACCGGGCUUCAUGUCGAGCCCAAUAUCCCCAACAUCCCAGGUAUCGAGCAUAUCAAAGGAGACGUGUUUCACUCAUCGCAGUACAAAGGCCGCUCUCAGGUAGCAGGCCGUAAUGUGUUGGUCCUCGGGUGUGGCGAAACGGCAAUGGAUAUUGCCUACGAGUCUAUCAAGGCCGACGCGCAAUCAGUGAUGAUGUGCUUUCGCACAGGCUUUCUGUCGUUCCCGAAGCAACUAAGCCGAUUCCAAGUCUUUGGUAAGACGUUCAGUGGAGGUCUUCCCAUCGACGGUCUCAUCACCAAUCUAUUCGAAACUGCAUAUGUGCACCGAGCGAUCGCUCAGAGUCGACUGCGCUGGUUCGUCUCUGACUUUGUCAUCAAGCGCGUCCUCUGGUUCCUGACUGGAACUCAGGCUGGGAUGAACCAGCAUGUUGGUGGUCUCCCGAAAGAGCGGUUGGGUCGAGCAUACGUCUUUCUCAACAAGAGCAACAAGGCAAUGCCGUACCUCAACCGGCCAUACAAGACACACAACCCAUUCCUCGCUUGCAUUGGAAAUCGCUACAUUGAUCCACCAGAGGACGCCAACUCGGACCGCGUCGUGGACACUUGUACCUGGCCAGAGUACAUUGACGAAACCGGCCAGGUUCAUUUCCACGAGAAUCCUCAGCGAAAAGAUUGGCAGCGAAUGAAGAAUCGGGUGGUCAAGCCGGAUUGUGUUGUGUAUUGUAGCGGAUACAAGCAAACGUUCCCGUACCUUGACGGCACCUAUCCCACAGCAGCAGAUGCCCAGAUCCGCAAUAUUGUCAACCCGUCCCAUCCAGACGUUGCCUUUAUUGGAUUCGUUCGACCAGGUGUCGGAGCAAUCCCUCCCAUUGCGGAGCAGCAAGCCAUGUGGUGGACUGCCCUCAUUACGGGUAAAAUGGAUCUGCCGACAGAUUCUCCGCACUAUCACCUCCUUGCGGCCAAAGGGUCCCGUAUUCAGUAUGGUGUAGAUCACAGCGCCUACAUGAGUACACUUGCCCGUGAUUUUGGUGGUGCGCCGGGGCUCUGGGAGUUAUACCGUGAACAUGGACUGCGGAUCCUCCUCGUCUAUUGUUUUGGUGCUUCCUUUGUCACAUUCUAUCGGUUGCUUGGUCCAUUCAAGUCGCCGGUUGCACCGCAAAUUGCCCGUACAGAAUUGGAAGAGACCAUUCGUCGACGCGGAAUUAUCGGAAACAUCUUUUUUGGGCUUAUCCCCAUGUUGUUCUACGGAUUGUUGAACGCCGUUGCCUUUGCGCUGGACCGAGUUGGGUUGCUAUCUUCAAAGGAAAUGGUGAUGUAA